AAAGUUAAUUUUAUUUGCAAAAUAAAUAUGGGUAAGAAAAAAGGACAACAACAAAGGACCAAAGGUAAUGUGCUGCCUUCAAGCAGCGUUCGAUCUGCUGAUUUAUUAAUGAAGGGAAGUGGACAAGGUUUAUUUCCAUCUUCCCCUUCAAGUGGAUUGGGAAAUAUCCCUGAACUUGCUGGAUUGGAUUCAAUUGCAAAUGUCGAGUUUCGUACUGUGUUAAAAAAAUUAUAUAAAAGAGACGUAACGACAAAACUAAAAGCAUUAGUGGAAUUCGCGGAUUUGUGUCGAUCUUGUAAACAACAUGAAGUACUAACUGUAUUGCCAUAUUGGCCUCGAGUUUAUAACAAACUAUUUGAGGAUAAUGACAGAAGGGUACGGGAACAUGCACAAAAUGCGAUGAAUGCAAUUGCCGAAGCAGCGGGAAAGAACCUUGCUCUUCAAUUGAAAAAUAUUAUGGGAUGUUGGUUCAUAAGCCAAUGUGAUCCAUAUUCUCCAGCUUCAAUGUCGGCAGAUGCAGGAAUUUCGAAAGCAUUUUCAAACAAUAAAAAAAUUGAAGCUUUUGCUUUUUGUCGAAAAGAUAUUUUAAAAACAAUAACAUCAUAUAUAUUUGGACCUCAAGCCAAAAGGGAGAAGCUUACAGAUCAAGAGGGCAAUAAUUUUAAUCGCAUAUUGGCAUCAUCACUGGAGGCGCUUUCCUUAUUCAUCCAAACUGUUACCAACUACUCGCCAGACAAAGAAGAAAUGGAUGAAAUAAUAGGCGAUAGCAAGUUCUGGAAAUUUCAAAAGCAUGCUAGUGAUUCUGUAAGAGCAGGGUUUUACUCUGUCAUUGAACAUCUUUGCACGGUAUCACCAAGUAUACUUGAAACUCAUUUAACUGAUGCAUGUAAGUCUGUUUUUCACAGGCUUAAUGAGAGCAAUGGUACUGUGUGUAAACCUCUAUAUUCUGCUGCAGUUGCUAUUGUUGCAACGUAUGAGAAAUGGCAUGAAGCUGCCGACAUAAAUAAAGGAUUAAUUCCAGGGUUAUGUUCAAUUCUCAAGGCUGGGUGUUAUGGAUUAAGUUCCAUUGUUCUCCCAAGUCUACUCCCAAUUUUAGCCAAGUUACCAAACUCGGCCGAUAUCAUACAUAUAUUUUCAAAAAUAUUUGAAUCUAUUAAAAUUUGCCUUGAUCAGGACAAAAUACGUCUCAGCAGGCAUGGAUCCGAGCAAGCGAUCUCAGCUCAAAUUGAGUUGUGCAGACUAUUAGUUAGUCGGACAGCCGUAACCACUCACAAUGAUGAUGAGUCUAUUAUCAAUGUGACAAACAUUAUCAUUAAAGAAAAUGUAAUGAAAACUAUUAUUGAUCACUUUUCUGGGAAAGGUAAUAAAUUAAUAUCAAGUAUCCUUUACCAACGUGUUUCUGAGGCCAUUGGCAUGUGGACUCGCAAAAUGUUGGAUCCUGAUGUUUCAAUACUGUAUUCCAAAUUAUUUCAAAAUUUUUGGUCGGAUAUUUCAGCAUUAGCACAUGAUUAUAUAAAAGAAGAAAAUUUGCCUAUCAUGAAAAUGCUUAUACAGUUUUUGGACAAAUUGUUGAAUCACUCAUCAGAAGUAAAGCACAUUACAAUUCGACGCUCUGUUAAAUUCAGCCAUGAUUCUCCCCCAAAAUCAACCACAAAUAUGGCUGAAACAAAAGCCUUGGACAAACAAUAUGAAGUGCAAAGUCUUAUACGGGAAAAGAUCAACAUGAUUUUGAUUGAAUCUGGUCUCUUGAUGACUCUUAAAGAUUCUGAGGAAAUGCUAUCCAUAUAUAGCCUGGUUUUUAAACAUUUUGGCAGUCCAUCUUUGUUGAUUUCGGUGUAUCAGAAAAUCCAUGUCCAGCAAAAUAAGGAUGCCGAAGUAAAAGUAAUUGAUUAUAUUGAACAUGUGUUGCUUAGCGAUGUGGAUCGAAUCUCUAAAACUCUCAGCUCAAGCGAUGAAAAAAUGUCUCAUCUUGUCUCAGACUUACUUUUUAAUGCAAUUAUCCAUUGUGAACCCUCCCACAGCUUUCCUAUAGAUUUGAGUAACCUCAUGGUUUUCGAAGCUGAAAAUCCUAAAUUUUUAAUUAUGCUUCAUCUGUUAGUAAGACUUACUGGAGUAGUUGACAGUAACCACAAAAUAGCAAUCUGGAUGACAAAUAUCUUUUCUGAUACAGAAUCGAAUGUAUUUCUGUUUUUGAAGUCGCUUAUUGAUUGUAUUUCUCAAUGUAGCUGUGAAGAAACUAUUGGUAAAAAUAUGGCUGAUGACGCUUGGUUUUUGCUUGAGAAUAUUUUGACAGUGACAUUCAAAUCUGAUGAAAAAACUGGAUUCAUUUGUGGUGAAGAUGGUUUUAAACAGAUAAUUUCAAACAUGUUGAAGAAUCUCAAGCGUUUGGAAAAUAAUUGUACUUCAUCUCAAUGUUAUAUUUCAUUCUUGCAAAAGUUUGCUACUUUAAUGCUGCGGUGCGUCAAUCACGAAUUUGGGGAGAAUUUAGAUGCGACUACUGAGAAUAUAUGGGAAGAUUUGCUGACAUCUUUAUUGCAUUCGUAUUAUGCCACAGAAGACGUGAUGCCUUCUUUGCUGUCUCUGUUUACAAAAUAUUCUGUUCUUGCUAAGGAAGCUUCGAAGCCAUUUGUAAGAAGCUAUGCUUUGAAUUUUAAUGAAUAUAUUUCUUCACAACUUGGUUGGAUAAAGAAGCAUAUCAUUUUAAGCAAUCCACCCAGUGUAACUGAUGCUUCAUCAAGAAUUGAGCACAUUUUUUAUGCUAUUUUGACGAAUUCAAAUCAAGAGGAGAAUGUGAUGGCAUCAGAAUUUUUUGAAAAUCUAUUUCCCACAUCACAAGAGUGGAAUAAUAUAAGAGGUUUUAUUACUGAUGAUUCUUCUUAUAAUCUGGAAAGAAGAUCGUCUUCAGAGCUUGGGUAUUCGUCCUCGCAUUGUACUACCUCUGAUCAUUAUUUGUCAGUUGUUAAUAUUUGUGUUGAAAUUGUAAAACGCGUACAUAGUGUGCUGAGUGAAAAUAAGAAUACAGAUAUAUCAUGGAAAGAAAUACAUGGACUUUCUAACCUGACAGAGGAAUAUGUCAUUUCAUGUGCUAUCACAAAUGGUCCAGUACAAGUGGAAUUUUUUGAUAUUCUUGGGGAAAAGUUUGGAGUGGCAUUCAGGAAGAAUGUGAUGGAAAAGGCUAUGACUAUAGGUGGGGUAUGGCCAUCAUGUGUUUCAAAAAUUAAAACUCAAUUUGAUGAGAAUGAGAUCCAAGUACCAAUUGAUGCCUUGAUUAAAACUUGUGAUACACAAUUGGAGAUUGGUCUACCUCUGUUUGAAACAAUGUCCAAUUUGAUUGCAAACUUAUCCCAAGACAAGCUUCUUAAAAUAUUAUUACAACUGAACAGCAGAAUGGCUUCAGAAUCUUUUGGCGAUUAUUCUCCAUCAGAAAUCUACUACAUUUUUUCUUUGGGAAUUUCUAUGUUGUGUGAAGUUUCUGAAAAGGACUUGAAAAAUGAAUUCCUCCUAAUAUACUUGGAUCAUCUCAUAACUUGGAGGAGUGACAAAGAAGAACUAUUUCUCUUUGAUGACACAAUAAAGACGGCAUUGCCAGAAGUUAUAUUACUGAACUGUGAAUUUGCUCAUCUCUUCACAUUGGCCAUAAGGCACCUUGGUGAUGCUCUUUCAGAAAGUCAGUGGGACUUGAUAUGUUGUUCAGUGGUAUCCUGGAUAGACAAUGUCUCGAACUAUUUAGAUUUGGAAAAUGUGUUAUCUGUUUUUGCAUUGAAAAUGUUAACUAUGACAUGCACUCUGAAAGAAGAAAUUGAAACAUUCAUGGCAUCACCAAUGGCAACAGCUGAUCCUACUAUCCCACAGAAUUUAGUUUCUGAAUGGACUGAGUUCUUUUCCAUGUCAAUAUAUACAUCAUUAGUAAAAAUAUUUCUAAACCUGCCUGCCAAAAACAUUGAAAGCUCAUCGAUUGUUUCUAGUAUUUGUAAUUCAUUAAAACAAGUCAGUGCUAAAAGUAUUCUUGAAUCAUCAGCAAAUCUAAAACCUCGUCUUUCUCCAGACUCAGCCCUUCCGGAAGCAGUACAAACUCUUUUAAAUCAUCUCUGCCCAUGGCUAUACCCUUCAACCAGUGGUGAUGCUAACACUAAUAUUAUUCAACUGACUGUUUUUCAUUUAUUAUCCAUUGUUUUGGACCAGCUUGUAACAAAGGAAACUGUUAAUCCUCCAGUUGCUAUUUUUAACAUAGUGAAAAGGUCUUCUAAAAACAUUGCUUCUGUUUUUAUGUCAAGAGAAGUUGAAACAAUGAAGGCCGCCCCAGAUUCUGACAGCGAUGAAGAUAACAGCAGUGGUACUGAUGAAGAGGAGAAAGCAGAAGAUAUGAAUCAAAAUAUUUUAUUAAUUGAAGAGAAUAUAGUUACAAUAUUGGCAUAUUUACUGAGCUGGAAAUUAUUAAUAAAUAUGACAACACAUAUACAUGCAGAAAAUAAAACUAUCUAUAUUGAUAAUUUAAUGAAAGAAAAUGACAGCAACCUUGUUGACGACUUGUUACCAAAAUUGUUUAAACUUAUGGUGGGUCAGGCCACUCAUUUCAAAACUGAUCCUGAAUUUACAUGCAAUGGUGUGAUGGGUCUGGAUCUUGUGGAGCAUAUUGCGGCAUCUGUUUACAAAGAUUUUCUUAUGCAGAUGCCUGCAACAUCAAGGUCAUGGUUUAACAACUUGGCAAAAGGUGCACGAUCUAAAGUUGAUAAAUUCACUUCAACAUUCGUCAGUCCAUUUUUAAUUUCAAAGGAGUUUAAAGCAGUACAAUUAACAAAGCAACAGCAAAAUGUAGAAGGAAUGGAAAUCAUUGCCAGACCAACUGUGAGAGAAGUCCAUGCAUCUUAUCAACUAAAUGAGGUGCAAAUGGAAAUAGUAGUUUGCUUAUCUGCGAAUCAUCCACUUGGUCCAAUCACUGUGAACACUGAAAAACGUGCUGGGGUGGUUAUGGGUCAGUGGAGAUAUUGGAUCUUGCAGAUUACAACUUUUCUCCAAUAUCGAAAUGGUGGAAUUAUAGACGGAUUGUUAUUGUGGAAAGACAAGGUUGACAAGAGAUUUGAAGGACUUGAAGAAUGCAUGAUUUGUUUUUCACUGGUGCAUGGCAGCAGCCAGUCAUUACCCAAGUUGAAAUGUAAAACUUGUAAAAAGAAAUAUCAUGCAGAGUGUCUUUAUAAAUGGUUUGAUACAAGCAGUAACUCAACAUGUCCGAAUUGUCGCAGCCCGAUGAUAUUUCGCUAAAUUCUUGUCUUACUUGAUAUGCAAUACUUUUAUUGGCCAAAUUUUUUUUGAUAUCUGGUCAAUUUCUGUAAUAAUUGAUUCAAAGAAAUUAACCAUUCUGGAGUGUUGGGUGAUAGUUAUGUUGAUUUAUUAGCAAUUUGUAAUGUGGGUACAUGUUGAAUAUAAUAGACUUAUCAGGCUUAAAAAUGUAUUUUUCUUUGGAAUGUUUUCUCUUUCCAUCCUUUGUUCUAUAUAUAUUUAACAACAUCCUCUAGAAUAAGUCUGGCAUAGUAAAAUUUCAUAAUUUUCUGCAUAUCUGUCAGUGGAAUGACAUUUAGAGUGGCAUCAUUCGCUAGUUCAUAUGAUUCUAUUAUUUAUUGGUCCCAUAUUAUAAUUCCGGCUGCUUUACAAAAUUUCAUCUCCUGUACUUUAUUCUUUAUCAGAGAUUUCAUGAAAUUGACUUCGGGACAAUAAAAACCACUUCUACUAGCUCAUCCGUACUUAAUGUUGUUUAAAGCAUGUUGAUGCUGCCUAUCUAUCACCAAUCAAUCUCUUUUUUGUUUCUCUAGUUGUGCAUAGGCAUUUUAAAACUGCCAGCAUGCAAAUGAUUUUGAAUUAAUUUUUUUUUAAUUUAGAAAAAUCGUAUUGUACUCAAUGUAUUUUUCCUGUCUGGUGCUUGAAGUUAUUUUUUUUAUUUUUCAAUUGUUUUAUGAAUCUUUAUCAACUGGGGGAGUAUUUUUGGAAAAAUAUGCCGCAUGAGAAUAACCUGACUUGAAAUUUUGAGAUGGAAUACAUAUUUUCUACUUUAUCCCUGAAUUAUUGGAAAUCUGAUCCUUAACUGUUACUUGUAUAUUUUGUCCGUCAUUUCAAUUAUUUGAAACAGAAGUAAAAAGUAUAUAAUUCUGUUGACAUUUAACGUUUGUUCAAUUCUUUUUAG